AUGCGCGAGCCACAGCCGACAUUUCCAUUCGGGUAUGCCAGCGCAGAUCUCUUCUCCUGCCAAGGCUGGCAGUUCCUGGUAUAUUCAGACCGUCUGUCCGGCUGGCCGUGUGUAGCUCGAAUUGGCCGUACCGCUACCUCUCAUGACAUCAUUUGUCACUUCCGCCGUUGGUUCGCAGAUGUUGGCGUACCGCGCAAGAUAUUCACAGAUGGAGGCCCGCAGUUUGCCGCUUCCCGUGUACGUGACUUCUGUGAGCGAUGGGGUGUGGAACAGUGCUUUUCCACCCCACACUACCCUCAAUCCAAUGGCCACGCGGAUUCAGCAGUGAAUGCAGUGAAACUGCUCAUUGAGAAGACGACCCAGAACGGAGAUCAGGAUGUGGACUCCUUCCAACGCAGCUUGUUGGAAUGGCGCAAUACUCUCCGCCCUAAUGGCAGCAGGUGUUAUCCCUAUGUGGUUAGCCAGGGUAUUGUCAGCGACAAUGGAUAA